ACAGAACAGGGCCUCCGAAAUCUCAGGACCGGCCCUGCUGGCUUUCGUGUUCCACUCUAUGUGGAAUCUUUUUUUGCCAAUUAUUAACAAUAUCAUACACCUUAACUCGAAAAUGAUAAAGUUUGGGUAUACAGUCCCAUUUCCUCUAUCUUUAGAAUGAUAAACCUAACGUAGCAUGCUACUACUAAAAAUGUUACUAUGCCUGUGAGUUUGGAUGUGGAAAUGUAAUCGGGUAGUUGGUUUUUUUAUGACUAAAGACUUUCAACCGGCUUAGGAUAGGGUCAGUAACCAUUGAGUAACUAAAUCUAGACCUUUAGAUUUAAGUGGGUCCAGAAAAUUCAGAUCUAAAGGUUCUCAAUUAAAGGCAUUUUAUUUUCCCUAGUUUUCUUAAUCGGCUCUUAUCUUUUUCAUUCUAACUCAGAUUUCAAUUUUUUUGCACAGAUGGAACGAGUUCGUUGUGCUCUACAAAAUGAGAUCAAUUUUCAAUAUAUUUCGAGAAACUUUUUUUUUACCAACUACAUACCAUAUAGUAACUUCUUCGUUUUUAAGUCGUUUUUGAAAACGUUUCCUCAGAAGAAACGAGUUCAUCAUGAUCAUUUGGAUCUAUAAAUUUCUAGGUGAAAAAAUACUGGAUAAAAAAUUACCAUACUUUAUCACUAUGGUAUGUAGGUGGUAACUUGUAGUAAACAAUAUUGAAAGUCGUAAAUGAUAGUUAGUAUACUUCUACUAUCAUGUAUUCAACCUUCUUACCAUAUUUGUAUAUUCAUACCAUCAUGGUACACUUUCUUACCAUAUGGUAUUAAAUAGGAGCAUACCAUAUGGUAAUGACUGGUAAAAAAUUAUUCAAUUUUUUUGUACUAAAAAUAUAUCAAUGUGGAUAUCAUUUUAAAGAGAACAUUUAAUAUGAUUUAUUUGUGCAAAAAAAAAUUAAAUUACGACUUAAAACGAGAGAGAAAUCGUUUUUUAAAGAUUAAAGGGGAAAAAACAAAAAGACUAUCCAGAAGAGAGAGGAUAGUGAUGUCAUGCUGAUGUGGACAGGUUACUCAUGGUUAGACCUGAUCCGUUCCCCUUGCAACCUCAUCAAAUUUGGUAAUGGUUCCAUGUCGUGAAGGAAUUCAUUUUAACACAUACAACGUUAUUGGUCCGACCUAAGACCCAAUCAACAUGGACAAACCAGGGUCCAUGUCAAGACAUGUCGGUCCAUGCAAUAAUGUCCAACUCUGAAUCGGUCAGACAGUCCAAAGAAAUUCAUUUUCUUAUCCUUCAUGUUAUCCGAUUGAUUCACGUUGGGGCGGGGUAAUGCCUAAUCUACAGCAGCGUGUGGCACGAUAUGGUGUACUGCUUUCGACAUGUAUUGUCCAGUCCCGGCCCGUUCUUAAUUCGCCCUACCUCGAUUUAUCUCAACAUUUAUUAACAGGACAGGCCAAUUGAAAUUUCAAAUCAGCAGAAAAGAAGACGUUGGAAGGAAGAAGAAGAAGUUGACCAGAGAAGGUUUCUCUUUUAGUUGAAACGCAUCGUUAGUAGCUAAGGGUGUCGUUUGGUUCUAUUUUGAGUGUUGCCUUUCUUUUUCCCCAAGCCUUGCUUUGUUUCCCUUUCAAGUAAAGAGAACAAAAUGUACGCAGAACAAAGUAGGCUGGCCAUGGUUGUCCUGUAGCCACCAGCCUCUCUAUAAAUUGUAACUUGUGAUGAAUGAGAACUCAGGCCUUAGGGUUUCACUCAAACUAAAAGUUUGUUAUGGUAUCAGAGCCUGGUUGCUCAACCUAGCUCGCCGCCGCCGCCAGUGAAACCAUGGCAGACAACAACGAUGAUGAACAAGUCAACAACAACAAUGCACAAGAGCAACAUCAACAACUCUAUCAGAUGGAGGACCCCUAUUUUCUUCACGGAUCUGACCAACCAGGUAUCCUCUUAGUCACAAAGAAACUUAACACUACAAACUACAAUGAUUGGAGUAGAGCGAUGUAUAAUGCACUAGCUGCUAAGAACAAGUUGGGGUUUGUUAGUGGUGUUCUGGUUGAGCUAGAUCCAACAGAUCCAAGGCAUGGGGCUUGGAUCAGGAACAAUGUUAUGAUCCUAAGCUGGAUCCAGCAGUCUGUUGAAACAGAGAUAAGGAAGACCAUCCUUUCUAGUAAGACAGCCUAUGAGGCUUGGAAGAGUCUGCAAUCUAGGUAUGGGGCUGGUGAUAUUAUAAGGGUUGCAGAGAUUGAGGAGUCUCUGUCUAACCUGAAACAAGGAAACCAGACAGUGACAGAAUACUAUGGAAGGGUUAUCACACUCAGGGAUGAACUCGAAAACUACCAGCCACUACUCCCAUGUGACUGUACACCCACCAACCACCUUACCUGCAGAGCUAUGAAGAAAGUCCAGGAAUACCAGGACACAAGCUAUGUCAUCAAGUUCCUUAGAGGACUGAAUGAUAAUUUUUCUACUGUGAGGUCACAAGUUAUUUUUGGUGAGGAAUUGCCCAACAUUAAUAGAGUUGAUGACUCGAUAUUUGCACAUGUUUUCCCCUUUGUUUCUUGAUCGCUUGAGCUUUAAUUAUCGCGUCUUUGGCCUAUUUUACCUUUGUCACAUUUCAGGUCCUAGCACAUAAAGUGAAGCAUAGGCGCAAGUUUCAAGUCAAUCAGAGAUCAAUUGGUGAUUAGGGAGAAGAAACUCGGGCAUGACCUGAAGAAGAAUGGAUUUGUACCUCACUUUAUGGACAAAGAAUCAUGCAAGCUUGUAAUUAAAAUAAAGAGGACGAGACUACGAGCGUUGGGGAUCAAACGGCGACUGAUUCGGAGUCCGGACGAGGGAGAAACGAAGCAUUGAAUAUAGGGGAAUAGGUUAGGCAGUAAAAACACGGGCGCGCCUAAAUCAAAACACGGCCGUGUCCAUAUUUAGGCACGACCGUGUUUUGGCCGACGCGCGCGGGCGUGUUUUUAACACGGGGCAAAACACGGGCGGGAAAAAGCAAAACACGGCCAUGUCCUCGACAGUGUUUUGCCCAGAAUCGGGUUUUUAAAGCCAAUUUCGAGCCAAAGGAGAGGUAGAGCUGGGUUUUGGAUCCCAAACACCCAAGGGACGAACCAAAGAGAGAGAGGGCGAUUUGAGGGCAUUCUAAGCGUGGAAUUGGAGGAUUUCUUCGCCUUGGAAGCUCGAGGAACAAGCCCAGACUUGAAGACUGAUCAUCUGAAGAUUCUUACUGCAGUCUCUCUCUUCUCUAUGGAGUAACUUCCAUUCACUUAGGUUUUGAGGAACCCUAGCUAUGUUUGUUUGAUUGGAUGAUUGUAUGAGUACUCUGACUUGAUAACCUUGAGUUCAUAUUCAAUCUAUGCAUGUUUUCAUGAUUCAAUUCUGCUUUAGUCGAGAUUAUUGAUUCUGCUUUGAUCCUAUGAGAGCGAAUACCUGAUUAUGUCAAUAGAGCACCAUAGAUUGAUAGUAGUGGAUCGAUUGCUUUAGUCGAGGGUUGAUUCGCUGCUUUGUAUCGAUUGAGAACCUCUUUCGAUAGAGGGAGUCUAGUUCAGAACGCCUUGAUAGGUUGUUCUAGAGAAGGAUACGUCCCUCUAGGCAAUUGACUCAAGAGGGCCUUGUUCCUUUAGUCGAGACUCAAGGUCUAGUCAAGGAUUCUCCGCAUUGUGAAUGAAAGUGAAACAGGUUA